GGACAGAAGCAUUGCUCAGUGCUUCACGAGACAUUCAUGAAGAGCCCGUGCAACACAGUUUCGUACCGCUACUCUGCACUCUGUCCUCAUCGUUCUACUGGCCUUCCUCAAGCACGCUCCGAUGUACUCCACGGAUGUAGGCCUCGUCAAACGCACGGUCGCGAUAGCGUUCAUCACCUUCCGGUUGAGGCAGAAAGCUACCAGCGACUAAGCCCGACGUGCAUGGUGUCCGCCUCUACAUCUGCCGGCGCGGGGUUGGCCUGCCACACACAAUAUCAAUUUCGCACAGGCACGGCAGCGUCGCACAAGCUGCGCCCAGACCUCGAGCAGCGCUGCCUCGUGGCUACAGCGUCGAUGGAGCGCGUUAUCGCGAUGCGGAGCUGCACUCGCGCCUCUGAUCAGAUCAUCACUCUACUGUGGUACAACCGCGCCGCUAUCAGACGUGCCAACGGCGCGGGCGCGCGACAUCGAGUCCUCGGCGGGCCCGCCGUUCGUGAGGGAGCGGGUCACCGUAUCGCUCGUCAAUCGUAGCCCUUCCUGUCUAGGCGGAACGCCUCCGCGAGAAACAAGCCCGCCACCCGUUUCAUACAGACACGCAUGGAUCACGGAUGGCGUCCGCCUUGCUGUCCGCACAGCAC